AUGGCCAGUCUUGUCGCCAAGUGGGUGAGCAAGAAGAUUCUGGCCGAAAAGGUUGAGAACAAGUUUGGUCGUGAGGAUCCUUACUUUGAGACCGUUCCUGCGACUAGACUUGAUGGUCGUCCCAACGGCAGAGUCAAGAAACGUAGGAAGGCCUUGCCGCCAGGUAUCUCUGCCAAGGAUGGCGAAAUCUUGACCAAGGUCAAGCGGCGAGCUUAUCGCCUUGAUAUGUCGUUGUUCAGCCUCUGCGGUGUUCGCUUCGGCUGGGGCAGCGUCAUCGGUCUUGUUCCUGCUAUUGGUGAUGCUCUCGAUGCAUUCAUGGCAUUGAUGGUGUUCAAGACUUGCAAUAAAGUUGAAGGCGGGCUUCCUGGAUCGGUCAAGAGUAAGAUGUUGUUCAAUAUUGUCGUCGACUUCGCCAUUGGUCUCGUGCCCUUCGUGGGAGACAUUGUCGACGCCGCCUUUCGUUGCAACACCAAAAACGCCGUUCUCCUGGAAGAGUAUCUCCGCGAACAAGGAAAGAAGAAUUUGCGACGAAGCGGCGCGCCUCUUCCAGCAGUCGACCCAAGCGAGGCAGACGAGUUUGAUCGUUGGGAUGACGAUCGUUCACCGCCUGAGUACGUCGAGGACGAACCGCGCCGAAAUGGACACAUGUCGUCCGGUCGCGGUGGUAGUCGGCGGCACCCUGACGAAGCCCGUACCCCGACUACUCCGGCCCGUGCCAAGACCCGAGAUGAUCGGUCUGGCGGAAGCCGAGGAUGGUUCGGCUUCGGCCGCUCGAGGACGGAGGACGAGGAGAUGGCUCAUGAAGGGCGCGAUCGUAGGGAUAGGCCCUCGCGCCGCUGA